AUGUUGGCGGCGGUGGAACACGGUCCCAUCCUGUGCAGCGACUCCAACAUCCUGUGCCUGUCGUGGAAGGGUCGCGUGCCCAAGAGCGAGAAGGACAAGCCGGUAUGCCGCCGCCGCUACUACGAGGAGGGAUGGCUUGCCACAGGCAAUGGCCGCGGCGUGGUUGGCGUCACCUUUACCUCCAGCCACUGCCGCAGGGAUAGGAGCACCCCCCAGAGAAUCAACUUCAACCUGAGAGGACACAACAGUGAGGUUGUGCUGGUGCGCUGGAAUGAACCCUUCCAGAAGUUGGCCACGUGUGACAUGGAAGGAGGAAUUUUUGUGUGGAUUCAAUAUGAAGGGAGAUGGUCAGUGGAGCUUGUCAACGAUAGAGGAGCUCAAGUGAGCGACUUCACGUGGUCACACGAUGGCACUCAAGCUCUGAUCGCUUACCGCGAUGGCUUCGUCCUGGUAGGCUCGGUCAGCGGCCAGAGGCACUGGUCCUCUGAGAUCAACCUGGAGAGCCAGAUCACAUGCGGCAUCUGGACGCCUGAUGACCAGCAGGUGUUGUUCGGCACAGCCGAUGGCCAGGUGAUCGUGAUGGAUUGCCACGGACGCAUGCUGGCGCACGUGCUGCUCCAUGAGUCGGACGGGAUCGUGGGCAUGUCCUGGAAUUGCCCCGACUUCCUGGUGGAGGACAGCACCGAGAGCGACACAGACACGGACGACAACUUCUUGCCUUUAGGUAGCGAGCCCCGCAUGCUUGCGUUCAUGAGGCGAGUGAAGCCUUUGCUGACUGUUACCUUCUUGUCGGGGGAAAUCAGCUUGAUGAGCAAUUAUGACGACCUUUCUCCUGCCGUCAUUCGCUCGGGUUUAAAAGAUGUGGAAGCGCAGUGGUGCUCCCAGGGUGACCUCCUUGCUGUAGCUGGCAUGGAGAGACACGGGCUGACCUCUGACGCCGGCGUGAACAGGAACGCUCUGGUUAAGUUCUACAACGUCCAAGGGGAACAUAUCUAUACUCUGGAAACGCCUGCUCAGAGGCCCAUCACCACUCUUUGCUGGGGCCACCGGGACUCACGCCUAUUCCUGGCGUGCGGUCCAGCCCUGUAUGUGGUGCGCGUGGAGCACCGCGUGGCUAGUCUACAGCUGCUGUGCCAACAGGGGAUCGCCAGUGCCCUCCGAGAGGAAAAGGAUGUGGGCAAGCUUAACAUGCCUUCGCUGCUCUGCUCCUAUGUCACCACCGCCUUCAUACCCACCAUCAAGCCCCCAAUUCCAGACCCCAACAAUAUCCGAGACUUUGUCAGCUACCCCACAACAGGCAACGAGCGGCUGCACUGCACCAUGAAACGGGCGGAGGACAGCCCUGAAGCGGGUGGCCCGUGCUACACUCUCUAUCUGGAGUACCUGGGAGGGCUGGUGCCCAUCCUGAAAGGCCGACGCAUCAGCAAAUUGAGGCCUGAGUUUGUCAUCAUGGAUCCCAAAACUGAAAGCAAAACCGAGGAAGUGUGCGUCAACUCCAUGAUCUCAUACGCCGACAGCUGCAACUGCUCCGACUCUAGCGACGUGGAGCUAAGUGAUGAAUGGGUCGGCAAGAGGUCACCAAAGUUCUCACGAGGGAACAGUUCCAUUAUUUUUGGCAGAAUGAACUUGGAACCGCGCAAAUCUCCAAAACUAAACCGCGCCCACCAGGAGGGGCAGCGGUCGCCACGACUGCCGUCCAAGAAGCCUAUGGCUCGAUCCCCAAGCCUAACACGAAGGGAGUUUUCAAUGGACGGACUCACUGAGCACAAUUACCUGGCUCAGGUCACUUCAAAUAUCUGGGGAACAAAGUUCAAAAUUGUGGGACUGGCCUCAUUCUUGCCUACCAAUCUCGGCGCAGUCAUCUACAAGACAAGUUUGCUUCACUUGCAACCGCGGCAGAUGACCAUUUACCUCCCGGAAGUGCGCAAGAUAUCACAUGACUUCAUGAGCCUGCCUGUCUUUAACCCUAAUGUGUUCAGCGAGGACGAGGAUGACUUACCAGUGAUGGGCUCAUCGUCAGGAGACAACCCACCCUGCACUGUCAACAUUCCUAUCGCACCAAUCCAUAGCCCAGCUCAGGCGAUGUCUCCCACUCAGAGCAUUGGCCUGGUCCAGUCUCUCCUUGCCAAUCAGAACAUCCAGCUCGAUGUCCUCACCAACCCCACAACAAAUGCAGCUGCUGCUGCAGCAGCGACUGCAUCCGUUUCUGCCCCGGUUUCCGACCGCAGCCAGGAGCCUCCUGUUGCUACUCCAUAUCCUGUUACAGGCAGAUAUUCAAACCCGGGACAGGUGAUCUUCAAUGGACUGGAGAUGGGCCCACUUCUCCCCGGUACACUGCCACCCCCGCCACCACCUCACCAUCUCCCACCUCAGCCACGGUCCCAGCCGCCUCGACAGCAACAGCAGAGUUCCAGGCAGCAGAGGCAGCACCAGCAGAUGCAGCAGCAGCUGAAGAUGUUGAAGCCAAGCUUGCCCCGGACUUUACCCCCUUCUUUUAGUACCAGAGAUGCUGGAUCCGUGGAGAUUCAGGUUCGUAAGGUAAAUCCACCUCCUCCAUACCCAGGUACGGUAGUUUCGGUGCCGGCCACAACAGAGGCAACAGCCCAAACCCUGGUCACAAACUGCGAUAGCCCGAGCAUCCUAGCUCCAGACACCUGCCUAAAGAAAGAUGACUUUUUGCUUCAGCCAGUGACCAUACAAUACCCCACACCUCUAGGGUAUGAAAGGAUCACAACGUUUGACAGCAGUGGUAAUGUAGAGGAAGUUUGCCGUCCCAGGAGGCGCGUCAUUCGCAAUCAAAAUGCAUAUACAGCCCAUGGUUCGGCCACGCUCAAGGUCACCUCCUCUGAGAACAAAAAGAUUCAUCUUCCCUACAGCUCAGCAACACUCAGCCGCCUGUCAGUCCCACGGUAUUCCAUACCGAGCGGCGACCCACCCCCUUAUCCUGAUCAGUCCAAUCCAGUUCCCACUACCCUGGCUCCUCCACCACCGAGAGUGGAAAGCAGUCUGAUUCAUGCCACUCUGCGCCGCGACCGCCGUGAUGUGACACUCAAAGUUCCCGCUAUGAUAGACAGUUCUAGGACACUUCCUACCAAGGCCAAGCUAAACAGCGCCAUAGGUAUGACAUACCAGCAGAGGAUGCCCGCAGCGCUGUACACUUGCACACAGUGCAGCAGCAACAGUAGCAGCACGAGGAAAGGAGCACACCACAGCACAAUCAUUGUGCACUCUAAAAGCGCUUCCCAGUCAUCCUAUAGCCUACUGGGUUCCAUGGAAACCAGCCGGGACAGAACCGUGUAUGUCAACUCUGCCUUCACGGAGGAUGAGACUCUGAGUCAGCACUGUCACUUGGACAAAUCAGUAAGACAAAUGACCCUCGGGGAGGUCGGCCUCACGGCAAAACGCCCUCCACCUUACCAGUGGGAUGCCUCUGCUGCAGAGGAGUUCUGGCUAGCCCCGGAGCAAACAUUGCUGGCUCCUCCACCUCCUCCUCACAAACCCCCUCCUCUCAUUCUUGGCCAGGCCCAGCACUUGGAUAUGACCCAGCUCCCGUUCAUUCUAACAACUAAGCCACCAUCUAAUCCCAGCACGAGCACCCUAACUUUUCCAUCGGGCUACCAGAUAUCGCUCUCCCCCUUCCCUCCCAGUGUGGGCCACAGUAGACCCCCCAUGCAGACCUUACAGAAUUCCUCCCCACAGUGUGCACCAAACGAAGUAGUUCUUCCUGUCCCAUUCGCUCAGCAGGACUCGAAUUUGGUUUUAUCGACAGGGUACUCCACAAGUCUUGCUAACUUGGCAUGCUGCUCCCUGCCCCCUAUGUACCCAGGAGCCAGCUCCUGCGCCGGACUUCAGCUGCACCCUGUUAACCUGCAUCCCUGGAACCCAUACCCCUGCCCGCCUCCUAUGCAGGACCCUCCCGCACCCCCUCUCCCAACCAAAACUCAUCAGAUUUUAGAAAAGCCCAUUCUCUCACCACCACCUCCGACUGCGCCACCUCCACCACCCCCUCUCCCUCCACCACCGCCACCCACCGAGUUACUCUCCACUAAAUGCACCUCCGAGGAUCCGUCUGAGUCAGGCAAUGGUUUUCCUGAGUCGACAUCCCUCAAUGAAAGUCCUGUGCCACAGGAGUCAGACCGCUUCAACAAAAAAAGUCGCAAGAGACUGGACAGUCGAGCCGAAGAGGCCAACAUGUCCUCGGUGUCAAGAAAGGACGGUCGCACACUGUCAGAUUUCAACUCUCUGAUUUCUAGUCCACGACUGAGCAGUAGAGAAAAGAAGAAGCCCAAGGGACCCCGGGAGCAGCUCAACAGAACCAAAAAGAUGAGUAGGGCCACCAACGAGUUUCAGGACAGCUCGGAGAGUGAGCCAGAGCUUUUUAUCAACGGCGAUGAGCUGAUGAACCAGAACCAAAGUAGCAAGAAGAGCUGGAAGAGCAAGCGCAGCCUUCGAAUGGCCAGUGAGCUGGAGGAGAUUAAGUGCCGCAAGGCCAAUGAACGGGAGGAUCGCAGUUUAGGUAGCCAGGGCUUUGUCUAUGUGAUGGCCAACAAGCAGCCUCUGUGGAACGAAGCCACGCAGGUCUACCAGCUGGAUUUCGGAGGUCGGGUCACACAGGAGUCCGCAAAGAACUUCCAGAUUGAGUUGGACGGACGACAGGUGAUGCAGUUUGGACGCAUUGAUGGGAACGCCUACAUCCUGGAUUUCCAGUACCCCUUCUCAGCGGUGCAGGCGUUCGCAGUGGCCUUGGCUAAUGUUACUCAACGUCUGAAGUGA